CUCUCCUCCUCCUCCACUUCUCUGAAGCCCCCUACCUCUCCACAUCCCAGGACCAGCAGAGAGAACUUAUUCAGGAGUCAGACACCCCUCACUCAGGGGCUGCAAUCCAGGAGGAGCGAGGGGGACACAGGGACCGUAGGCAGCCGGCACAGGGGUUGAAGGAUCCAGGGGAAAAAGAUGGUUUGGUUCCCAGCUCUUGGGUUCCUUUUAUUGGUCCACUUGGUGGCACCCCAAGCGCCGAGAGCGGGACCUUCGGGACCACCUGGCCCACCUGGACCUCCUGGAAUACCGGGCAAGGAUGGAAUAGAUGGUGAACUCGGACCCGCUGGUAUACCUGGACCUGCAGGCCCCAAAGGAGCCCCUGGAAAACCAGGAGAAGCUGGAAAAGCUGGCCUGCCUGGCCUUCCGGGAAUUGACGGCCUGACUGGAUCUGAUGGGAAAGCUGGACCUGAUGGACCUCCAGGAGGAAGGGGAGAUAUUGGACCACCUGGGCCUGAUGGACCUUCAGGAAGAGGACCACCAGGACCUCCUGGUCUGGCUGGACCGAGCGGCUUACCAGGCGGUAAAGGACCCCAGGGACCAGCGGGACCUGCAGGUCAACCUGGCCUUCCAGGCCCACCAGGACCACCAGGCCCUCCGGGUCUUCCCGGAGUUGUUCCCGACAGCAAUGGAGAUUUGCAGUGUCCAGCUGUUUGCCCACCUGGCCCACCCGGUCCUCCUGGCAUGCCAGGGUUUAAGGGUCACACGGGGCACAAAGGAGAGAGAGGGGAGUCUGGAAAGGACGGACAGAAGGGAGAUCCAGGACCACCGGGACCAGCAGGAAUCCCAGGCAGUGUGGGCUUACAGGGCCCAAGAGGUCCAAGGGGCUCAGUCGGACUCCAAGGAGGAGCAGGAGACAGGGGAGACACCGGAUUCAGGGGACCUUCCGGUCCUCCAGGACCUCCUGGGAAAGCUGGGGAUCAAGGUGUGAGGGGUCCCCAGGGAUACCUAGGACCAAAGGGAGACACGGGCAAAUCAGGUCCAAAAGGAAUGCCAGGAGGUCCGGGCCCGUUAGGAGAACCGGGAAUGCCCGGAAAGGAUGGACGGGAUGGGACCAAUGGUCUGGACGGCGAGAAGGGUGACCGGGGACGGAUAGGAGUUCCUGGAGAGAAGGGACCCAAUGGGCUACCUGGGCUUGGUGGUAAAGCUGGAACAAAGGGAGAAAAAGGCCAACUGGGCAGCGGCGGAGAGCAGGGAGAAAGUGGACCUUCUGGAGAGCCAGGUAUUCCCGGUGAAGCCGGCCCCCCAGGAGAGAGAGGAGAAGCCGGCCCCAGAGGAGGAGCUGGUGGCCUUGGACUACAAGGACCCAUUGGAGUUUCUGGAGUAAGAGGCUUCCAGGGACCAAAAGGCAACAUUGGUGACCCUGGUUUACCAGGACCUACCGGCAUCCGUGGUGGAUUUGGUGAGCGGGGUCCUGUAGGAGCUUCAGGCCCCAAGGGUAGCGAGGGUAUUGCUGGCUCUGAUGGACUUCCAGGAGAGAAGGGAGAGAUGGGACCAUUUGGACCAGUUGGACAGAAAGGAGAGCCAGGAGUGAGAGGUGAACCAGGUCCUAAAGGUAUCUCUGGACCCAAUGGUACAUCUGGAGUACUAGGCGUUCCCGGUCCACCAGGAGCAAUGGGGCUUCAAGGAGAACAAGGUGUUCCAGGAUUAACCGGCAAAACUGGAGUCCCAGGAAAGCUGGCAAGUGAGCAGCACAUCCGGGAGUUGUGUGGUGGAAUGAUAAGUGAUCAAAUUGCACAGCUAGCUGCUAAUCUUAGAAGGCCUUUGGCUCCAGGGGCAGUUGGUAGACCAGGUUCUCCUGGACCACCUGGACCUCAAGGUGUCAUUGGACAAGUUGGACAUACUGGUAAUCGUGGACCUCCAGGAUAUAGAGGGCCACCUGGAGAACUGGGUGAUUCUGGUCCCAGAGGUAACCUGGGUGACAAAGGAGACAAGGGACCUGUUGGAAGAGGCAUCGAUGGUCCACCUGGAGAUCAAGGAGAACAAGGUGCCCAAGGAGCUCUUGGUGUAAGUGUAGAUGGUCGGGAUGGUUCCCACGGUGAGGCUGGUUACCCUGGAGAGCCUGGAAGACCUGGUGCUGUAGGAGCCCACGGUACCCCUGGAAUAUGCGACACCUCCGCUUGUCAAGGUGCCAUGGCUGCAGAAAAAUCAGGUUCCAGAAAGUCAUAAACAUGACAGUGAACUAAGAAAAGGAACUGUCUUUAAUACAGCCCUCUUUCGUAAAGCAAGACCUUCCCAAGCAUUCAGAGAGGCUGGGUUUGUAUCAUAUCCCCAAAACGAAUGGUGGAGGACCAACAUCAAUACAUCAACUCCAUAAAACAGGAGAACAUUUGAUUAAAGUACCUUAGGUGAUGAUUUUAUUUUGUUUAUACAUUAACUAUAACCCCCUUUCCCCUGAAACCUACAUUUAUUUGUUACCUCUUGGAAACCCCCUCAUCUUUAGCGUUCUUUUUUUUCCUUCUGUGCUUGGCUUGCUCAUCCCAAGUUCACAGGCCCGUGACAAUAAGCCUACCAUCCAGACUAGCCAGGCCAAGCGCAUCCAAUCCUCUCACAGCCUUGCCUUGCUAGAGGUAAGUGUACAUAGAAAACUUUCCACAGAAGACAAUCUGGAUAUUCCACUGUUAUUUUUUUUCACCUCCGUCAACAUUCGGUGAAAUCAGACACUCUGGUGUGACUGCCGUGUUGUAAUAACUGUUCCCGAAACCUAGAUGCGUACUGUAAAAAAAAUGUCUUGUAAAAAAAUAAAGAAUUGUUUUUUUUUAAAACCAUGAUUUUUAAACACGUCCUGUUUUCGCGUACCGCGGACAAAUAAACGGCUGCAAACAAUGUGAAUAUCGGUGAUUGAAAUUUAGUAUUUAUUUUGGUGACUUUUGUGUACAAUGAAAGCUGUUGCACCGUCUGUUGUAAGAAUGAAAUAAAGCCACUUUCACCACACGGAAAUCCA